AUGGCACUAGAGUCCGAGAUCGGAAAGAUGUCCUCUUUCGGCACCCCAUCGGCUGGCCCUAUUAUUGAUUCUUUCCUUUCAGGUAAUAUACCGGUGGAUCCAUCAGUCAAUGAGGAGAAAAAGGGUGAAAUAACCCAUUUGCAGAAUGAGGUGUUCAUGGCGGAGAAAGAGAAAUACAUGGAGGACAGGAGGAAACAAGAGACCAGUGCCCGAGCCAAGGAGAUCCAAGAAACCUCAAGGAAGGCUAAGCUUGUCUAUGGCAAGGUAGAGGAUCUUAGUGUUGAGGAGCUCAACGAGAUGGUGCAUGACCUCUCCCAGAUCGAGCAAGAGAUUAAUGAUGGACGCCAUCCACAACAACCAAGCUAUAUAGAGGUUGGUGGGUCAAGGGAUCCAUUCCUCGGUCGGCUGUCCUCUUCAUCAUCACGUUCACAGAUCCAGAUGCCCCCAAGACGUUUGCCAUGGACUCCUAGACAGCCAUCCUUGCACCUUCCAAGAUCAUCAUGGUCUCUUCCACAACCAUCAAGGUCACAAUCCUCUCUUCUCAAUCCUUCCUUGCUGCCAUCAGCACAAGCACAGCCGAGGCCACUGUUCCAACACAAUUUGAUGCUGCAGUACCCUUCGGUGGUGGAACCACAGGUACAAAUGAUGCUAUCACCUACUGAAACCUAUCAACACAACUACAAUACCCAGCUGGGGAUGCACAUCAAUGGUAACAUGUCCCAACCAUUCUCCCAAUCUUUUUUGACUUCGGCGCUACCGCCACCACCACCUUCAUCGUCAGCACAGAUUACACUCUGUAAUGAAUUUCCUCCUCCAUCAUCUUCCCAUGAACCGCCAACUCCAUUGCCUAAAGAAACCGAGCUUCACCCGGUGGAGCAAUCUGAAAACCAUGCUAGUGCUCAAGACAUCACCAUUGGUCACUCAUUUGUCAAUCACCACUGGCCCUCACCUAUUUCUUCUAAUGAGCCAUUCUAUGAUAUAAGCCUGUAUAGAAUGAAUCUUAACUUGGGAGGCCAUGGUGAUUAUGGAGGCCAAGCUGUUGGUGAACAUGACAUGCCUGGUCCUUCUGGCCUGCAUCAACAAGGUUAUGAUUAUCCCUACAGGAACUUCUUAGGGUCUUUUUCUUCAGGAGAAUGUCCUGAGGAUUACGGUCCAGAAAAUAAUCUUGGUGAUAUGGGCUGCCUCGGUGAUAGUUGA